UUCUUUUUACUAUUUAAGUGACGAACUUCUGCCCUGAUCGCUCUGAGAAGACAAAUUAGAAGUCUAAAGCAAUUUUAACCGCACAUUUUUGCAUUUUACAAUCCGUCUUACUUGCUCACAAAGCUGUGAAGAUGCUUCGCUCAAGAAUCUCAAAUGUACCGUUUUUGGAUGGCGCAGAUGACAUGUAUGCGACAAGUAACAAGAGCCACUUUAAACUAGUAGAUGCCACUGUCAAGUCGAAAAGAGAAGUUGUCCUUCAGCCUGUCUCUUCACUUUUCAAGCGUGGAGACCAGAAAUACCUGGCAGAGUACCAGACCGAGACAGCGCUGUCCUUCCCGUCUCAUCCACCAGCCCCCGUCGUCCAGCCAAACCUGACCCACCUCAACAUGCAGCGCACCAACUUUAAACUGCAUUCGGGGGACAGGUGUGGAGACUAUGAGAUCACUCAAUCUGAGUUAAAGCCCCUUCCGAUGUGUGCAGCCAAAAUAAUUCGUCCCACCACUACAGUCAGGACAAGUCUGCCGGAGGACAAAUAUCCUGAACCCACCUAUAGGUCUUCCUACAUCAAACAUAAAGUGUCCCGGAUCUUCAGAGCAAAGCAAUCGGCGAAAACAGGUGUCGGAUCGAGUCUAAUUAUGGACAGAAGGGACCGGUUCAGAUCCAGUUAUCAUGAGCAGUUCCAGUACAGAUGGUAUCCUCAUCCUCCGGAGACAGAGAAGCAACAAAUUCAGUAUUCAUCUGUGGUGAUGGGAGACCGAGAAAAGACAGUGGACAAACAAACAACAUAUUCCACCUCUUUCGGACAGUCAGGUGACCACAGCUCUGCUGAAUUCAAGGAAUGUCUGCUUCCCAAGAUAAAUAAAUCUCGGCCCAUCAACCUUCGGGAAGUUCCUGAUGACAAAUGGACGACAAACUCAUCUGAGGAAUUCCGUGCACACAAAUGUGGCCCUGUUCACUUCGAGCGCAGAUGCCCGACUCUCAGCUCUGUGUUCAAAGGAGAGACGCUCACAGGUGACCAGCAGAGACUGUCAACAACAAACCAGUUCUUCUUCCCAAAGAUAAACGGCUCACAGUUCCCAGUGCAUGUGGAUGGAGCCAGUAUCAGGACUCUGAGCAGCGUUGAAUUUGGGAGGCCUGAUCUAGCGGGAAGCUUUUAUAGCACAGCAACACAAGAGCAGUUCCCACCAAAAGAGGUGGUCCCCCCCAAGCCUCCGAUCUACCCACCUAGUCAUGUGCUGUCUGAGCAAGAGCCAGAUUGGAUGCUUACAACCAUGAAAAAAGAUUUUGUCCCCCUGAACUGUAAAAGACAGAAAAUGAGCCCUAGCCAGCUCCAGCAGGUUAAAGACAGCCAUAUAAGGCCCCAACACAGCAAACAUGACUUCAGGACAAUCCACAAUGAAGCAUUUGUGCCUAAACCCUACUGCAAGGCAUCCCUGGAAAAGCCACCUCUACAACACAUCAGCCAUGUGCCGUUUUGAGUUAAAAAACAUCCACAUAACAUUAAAAAGGUCUGCACUCUAUACAAAUGUCUUUUUUCGGCUGAAGGCCUGUGCAACAUUCAUGCACAAUCAACCAAAUCCAACUCAACUCCAGCAUACAAUAAUAACAAACAGGAGCAAUUAUGAGUUCUUAUUAUUCUUUGAUGGACUUGAUUUUUUUUAUUGAUAAACACCUGAUAAUACACACAGACUUAAAAAAGGACAUUUGUUUAGAGUGCAGACCUUUAUUGUUUUUGACUUUAAAAUAUU